UUUGAAUGAGAACUGGCUUCUCUUUGACUCGAGACAUUCUUUUUCUCCACCUCCCCGUAAUAUGAAUCUCUAAGGCUCCGGAGCUGCUAUCGAACGCGUCUUAAUCCUGACCCACCAUACCCGUUGCUCUUCCUUUCCUUUAUAGAAGAUCCUCGUUUGAAGUUUCUAGAACCCGAAAAGAUCUGCAAAAUGCAUGUAUCCAUCAUUCUCGACGUACUCCUGUUUUCUGGGGCCUGCUCGGCAGUCUCAUGGCGACGUGGACAAAGAAUAAAGCGUGAUGACUUGAGUGGCGCAACCUCAAGAAUAUUUAGUAAUGAGACGAGCAGAGUGUCUCAAGUGCCGGCGGCAACUUCACUGUCGUCUUCUUCAGUGCCACUGUCCGCGUCGUCAACAGCAGCUCAAGCGUCAUUCUUGACGUCCACGUUAUUGACCUUGUCUUCUGCCUCAACGUCGUCAACACCGUUGACAAGCUCAACUUUCCUCACUAAUGUAAUCGACCCAGCCUCAAGUGGUGCAACCUCUCUCGUGGCGUCAUCUACACAACAACCAUCCUCAUCAACGGGAUCUCAAUCCUUACUAUCGUCAACUUCGAAUUCAACGGUGGCUCUUGGAACGUCAAUUUCAACUGUAGAAGUGGUGUCAACGACCGGUUCGUUGUCAUCGAGCUCACAGGGUUCAAAGUCCACGGCUGCGGCUGCGGCUACGGCAAAUUCUUCAUUAACGAGUCUUGGUUCAACAGCUGCCUUCGAGAGCGCACCAACCUUAAGCAGCUCAUCAUCAGUCUCAACCACCUCUGUCUCGAGAACCUUCACGCUUAUUGAUACGACGCAACCACAACUAUUAUCAUCAAUUGCAAGUGCUACAUUAUACUCCUCUUCGCCACCAAGCACUUCAGUUGGCUCUUCCACUCAAUCAUUCGCAAGUUCCAUAAUUCUUUCACCUACGUCGUCAAGGGCUACAACAGGUGCAAGUCUAGCCUCAAGUGUAGCCUUGAGUCUGGGGUCUUCUUCCGCGAGCGUUGUUAGCAGCAGCUCUUCUACAUUGCUCUCAAGUGCCAGUCUGGCAUCAGGAAAUGUGUCUAGCUCCACCUUGAGUCAGGCUUCGAGUGUCAGUACUGGGCCUAGCGCCACCAUCACAGGAAGCGUUGUGGUAACAAGUGUCGCACCAUUCAUCAUAAGUUUUACGCCCACCACAAACACGUCGUCAACAAGUAUUGGAUCAAGUUCCAUCAUGGGGCCAACUGUAUCUGGCAGGGUCUCAUCCACACUAUUUAGCACAGCGUCUGCAACUUCAGAUUUAUCAUCUGCUUCAUCGCUGGCAUCAUCGAAGAGUGCGAGCGAUGCGACGCGUAGCUCUAGCUCCAUUGCACUGGGGUCAUCUUCGGCCAGCUUCUCGAUGAUCUCAAAGUCGUCUUACUCAUCAGCACCAGUCAAACCGACAGGCAAUAUCAACACUGCCGUGCCGACCGUGAUUAGCAAGGCGCCUGCAUCUUCCACCACCGUAGCAGCAGAUGUCUAUGCUAGUAACCUCGCCGAAGCCCUUCAAUACAACACGGUCUUUAACAAUCUGACUGUUGAAUCGGCAUGUCAACAAGGCCAAGCGGCUUGCGUGACCGGCAACAUCGGAGAAUGCAAUGCGCAUGGUGCGUUUGAAAUCACAUCAUGUACCGGUACUACCCAGUGUUUUGCGCUUCCCAUGAACACGACGACCGGGGUUCAAAUUGGUUGCCAUGAUCCCGCAAUUGCUGCAAAAAUCCUUGGAGGAUCGGCUGCAAGCUCAACUGCUGUCGUUUCAACGAUCACUUCGUCAAGUUCAGCCACUUCAUCAACUACUAGUUCGCAGACCCCGGCCAAUGAGCCGACUGAAGUCACGGUCACAAUCAAACCGUCGCCAACGACUAUUAUCAGUCAAAUCACAAUUACUAUUAACACUUCGGCCCAACAAACCAGUGCCACUUCGGCUGUAAUUGAAACACCUUCCACCGGUUCAACCACCUUAUCAACAAGAACUCGUUCUACCAGUUCGCAGUCUGAUAGGGAGUUGACGAACUCAAGCACCAAACGAGCGUCUACAUCGAAUUUCAUUACUGAGAAGUCGAGCACAACUUCAAGCAUUACGCGCCAGGCUCCUACCCUAACUACAUUAGACAUCAUUCCUAUUCACACGACGACGAAGACCAAGUCUUCUCACCGAGUUAGUGACGUGCCAGAAGCCACUACAAAUCUGAUACCAAACGGAGGCGCAAAGCUAACCGCUAUUGUGCAAUCGACUACUAUAACUGGUCCGAUAACAAUUACUGUCAAAGAAACGGAGACGGCGACAGUCACUGAGACCACUACAACAACUGAACACGACACAACCACCGUACAAUCGUGAUGUCAUCCAAACUCUUCAAAUUGUAUAUGAGUAGAUCUCAUUUGUUUGGUUCACUGCGUUUAGCGGGAGUCCUUGGUGCAAUGGAUGAUUUGGAAUCAAAACGUCGAAGAGACAUACACUUAUACCCUUUUCUUACAUAUUUACUUGUAUAUAAUUGAUGUUUAAUUCAUUAUUUUUAUAAUCAGAUGGCUCGAUAAUAAUCGAGUCAUUGGCUAUUUGCCAGAGUGUGGCAAGUGC